AUGGAAAUGUUAGCUUUCCAGCCAGCAAUGCCUGAUUUUUUAAAUGGAAGAAAACAAUUUACUACCGAAGAGGCAAAUAAAACUCGUUGUAUUACAAAAACUCGUUGGGUAGUGGAAAGUGUAAACAGUAAGAUUAAGAGGUGGCGAUACUUUAGUCAAGUUAUACCUAAUUCAUCUAUAAAUCACAUUGGCGAGGAUCUUUCUAAUGUAUGUGUAAUUAUAAAUUCCUAUUGUUCUCCAGCUACUUUGAAUGUUCAUGGAGAUCAAGAUAUUGCCGCUAAAAUGCUGCAACAACUGAAAAAGGACAAUCUCUUACAGAAACAUUUAGAUGAGCUUGAAAACCAAAAACUUCUCAAGUGGAAAAAACAUGAUGGUGUGUUCUGUUUAUUUCCAUCCCUUACACCAAACGAUGUAGAAAACAUUACUUUCGGUUCAUAUCAAAUUCAUCGGGCAAAAUCGUAUAUAGAGGAUCAUUUGAAACCAGCCUACUACGAUCCAAAUGAACUUAUAUUUUAUGUCGAAAUACCUGAUGGUUUCGAUAAUCUCGUUCGGGCCAGAUUUCAAUCUGGUCACAGUACUCGAAAAUUCUAUAUUUCUACUAUUCAAUUCGAUAAUACCGCUACUGAUGUUCCUAUCCAAGGUUGGUGUUGUACUUGCACAGUUGGGUUACGUGUUGUCGGCUGUUGCUCUCAUGUGUGUGGAUUGUUGUGGCACCUUGGAGUUAAUCGUGGAAUAGUUAACAAUUCCAAUCGUUUAUCAGCAUCUUAUUUCAAAACUGUCAUUGAUGAUAGUAUGGUGUUUACUGAUGAUGAUGAUUCUUCCGAUGAUGAUAAUAACAUAAAAUAUAGUUUGUCCAACCACUCUACAGGUACAGAUAGCGAAGAACUCUCAGACUCCGAUUCUCAAACAGAAGAAGAAUAG